AUGUUCAACUCUCAUCACGCCCAUGAGGAUUAUUAUACUGUCCUGGAUAAAAGCUUUCUCACCCAUGAAUCAAGUACCAUAAACUUGAGGAAUGAGAACGACACAUCCUCGCUCAUCCCUCCCUCUUCUGAAAUUAUGAAAAUUCUUGAAUCGGAAUUAUUGAAAAUAGUUCAAUUAAACGUAGUAAUGGAUGCUACUCAAUGCAACCACACAGAGGAAGGAAGAGUGAGCGAGAAGCCUUCGGAAAAUUCUAAUCCUUCUCUCCGGAGAGUUCUAAUGAAUGGUGAUAUUAUUCAUGAAAUUUGGUGUGUGGGAAUAUUUGGAUCUCAUGUUUAUGGAUUGGUUCGAGAUGAUUCUGAUUUGGAUUUAUUCGUGGUUGUUUCCAAUGAUCUCGGGGAGCAAAUUGAAGAAAAACAAAGAGCUAUUGGAAAGAGAGAUUACACUUACCAAUUCAGUACAAGUAUUUCAUUUGAAAACACAAGAAGCAAAAACGUGGAUUUUACAAUUUAUUCUGAAACAUUAUUCAACAAGUUGGUGAAUGAGUUUGUAUUGUGUGCAAUGGAAUUUGUUUCCAUUUUAACGAGUGAGCAUCUUUCAUCAUUUGUCUUGUUGAAAAGUAACAAGAUGGAAUUGAUUCAGACUCCAUCAUUAAUAUCUUUACAAGAAAAGAGUGAAGUGAAACAAUUAGUUCGAAAAAGUAUUUCCUACGAAGCAGAUCAUUCAUUUGUGAAGGCCAAAAACAAAAUGACAAAAGAGCUUAAUAUUGAAAAGGGUAUGAAGGCUUUGUUUCACUCGUUUCGAACCGUAGUAUUCGGUGUGCAAAUUGCAAAAUUUGGUUGUAUAACUGAUUUUACUGAGGCAAAUCAUUACCAAACAGAAAUUCACAAGACAUUCAAUUCAUCAUCGAUUCAGACCUUAUUGUCAGAUUUUUCUGAAAAGAUGGAUGCCGCGAUAGGUGCUCAAGUUUGGGAAGUGUUCAAGAAAGUGUUUAAAGUUAAAUUGAAUCAAUUGCAAACUACUUUUAGGAAAGCGUUAAUGGGUAGCCAACAGUAA